AUGGAUUUGGGUAAAGUAAAAGUUAAGAAAGGAUUGAUGAUCAAGACAUGGGAGAGGUGCAAAACCUUUAGUGGGAUUGGAAGAAAAAAUUGUUCUGGAAUUCAACAUGUUCUUAAGAUGAAGAGCAAAUCAUGGCCUCGUGGCCUUAUAGGCGGCGCCACCACCUCCGAUGACCUCGAAAACCGAGGGAAAAAAUGUCGAGUGGUGCCGGAUGGUUGUUUUUCAAUCUAUGUGGGACCCCAAAAACAAAGUACUGAAGGCCCUCUUAUGCUGCCAUGUGAUGUUGAUACUUUUGUGAAAGUGUUGGUGGAGAUAGAAUAUUCCGACGAGAUUAACAGUCUGCAGGGAUGCAACUUUGCUAGGAGUCACAGCUCUUACCACCUCCUGACGCCGCCGCGGGUGGCGAUGAAUAAAUUUUAA